CCACCUCGUGCCCAUCACGUUCGCCCCUAUGCCCCUCCUGGGGCUGGGUAUAUGAGAGCCACGCCCAGCUCCCCCUCGUCAGUCGUGGUGUGGUGGGUGAGCAGGAGUGUCGUGUGACGUGAUCAAGGAGGUGCACUGAACCUUCUCGAAAGUUCCAGGGCUGUUCUGCCGUACAGUGUGUCUGACUUAACUUCGACUGCUUCCAAGCAGCAACCUUCACCAUGCCUGGCCAUAUUGUUAUGAAGAGCACCGGGCCCGACCCCGACCCCACCGAAUACCUGUACGUCUCCCUGGAACAGAAGCGCAUCGACCAGACCAAACCUUACGAUGCCAAGAAGGCCUGCUGGGUUCCCUGCGAGAAGGAGGGUUUCGUCCUCGGCGAAAUCCAGGGCACCAAGGGUGAUCUGGUCACUGUUGGCCUGUCCGGCGGCGAGACCAAGAACUUCAAGAAGGACCUCGUGAACCAGGUCAACCCUCCAAAGUUCGAGAAGUGCGAGGACAUGUCCAACUUGACCUACCUUAACGACGCCUCCGUCCUGUACAAUCUGAAGUGUCGCUACGUCACCAAGCUCAUCUACACCUACUCCGGACUCUUCUGCGUCGCCAUCAACCCCUACAAGCGCUACCCCAUCUACACCAACCGCGUCGUCAAGAUCUACCAGGGCAAGAGGCGUAAUGAGGUGCCGCCCCACAUCUUCGCCAUCUCUGACGGUGCCUACAUGGAUAUGUUGCAAAAUCACGAGAACCAGUCCAUGUUGAUCACUGGUGAGUCUGGUGCUGGCAAGACUGAGAACACAAAGAAGGUUAUUGCCUACUUCGCUAAUGUCGGCGCUUCCACCAAGAAGAAGCCAGAAGAGAAGAAGCAGAACCUGGAAGAUCAGAUCGUGCAGACCAACCCCGUCCUGGAAGCCUUCGGUAACGCCAAGACUGUCCGUAAUGACAACUCCUCUCGCUUCGGUAAGUUCAUCCGUAUUCACUUCGGGCCAAGCGGCAAGCUGUCCGGCGCUGAUAUCGAGACCUACCUGCUGGAGAAGGCCCGUGUCAUCUCCCAGCAGCCCCUGGAGCGCUCCUACCACAUGUUCUACCAGAUCAUGUCCGACCAGAUCAAGCACAUGAAGUCAAUGUGCUACUUGUCUAACGACAUCCACGACUAUCACAUCGUGUCCCAAGGCAAGGUCACUGUGGCCUCCAUUGACGACAAAGAGGACAUGCAGUUCACUGACGACGCCUUCGAUGUCCUCGGCUUCUCUAAGGAAGAAAAGGAAAAUGUAUACAAGGUGACCGCCUCCGUGAUGCACUUUGGUGAGCUCAAGUUCAAGCAGAGAGGUCGCGAGGAGCAGGCCGAGGCCGAGGGAACACAGGAAGGUGAAAUUAUUGGCAAGUUGAUGGGCAUUGAAGGCGCUGACCUGUACAAGAACCUGACCAAGCCCAAGAUCAAGGUCGGUAACGAGUUCGUGACCCAAGGCAGGAACAAGGACCAGGUCAACUACUCAGUUGGUGCCCUGGCUAAGGCUAUCUACGAUCGUACCUUCAAGCAGCUGGUGAAGAAGUGUAACGUGACCCUCGAGACGGGCCAGAAGCGAGUCAUGUUCAUCGGUGUGCUCGACAUUGCCGGCUUCGAGAUCUUCGACUACAAUGGCUUUGAGCAACUUUGCAUCAAUUUCACCAACGAGAAACUUCAGCAGUUCUUCAACCACCACAUGUUUGUCCUUGAGCAAGAGGAGUACAAGCGAGAGGGCAUUAAUUGGGUUUUCAUUGACUUUGGUCUGGACCUUCAGGCUUGCAUUGAACUUAUCGAGAAGCCUCUAGGCAUCCUCUCCAUUCUUGAAGAGGAGUCUAUGUUCCCUAAGGCUACUGAUAAGUCCUUCGAGGAGAAGCUGAAGGCUAACCAUCUUGGCAAGUCUCCUAACUUCAUCAAGCCCAAGCCCCCCAAGCCAGGCUGCGCUGAGGCCCACUUUGCCAUCGUUCAUUACGCCGGUACCGUGCCCUACAACCUCACUGGGUGGUUGGAGAAGAACAAGGACCCCCUCAACGACACCGUCGUCGACCAGAUCAAGAAGGCUACCAACCAGCUGGCUGUUGACAUCUUCAGUGACCACGCCGGACAGUCCGGUGGCCCCGACACUGGUGGAAAGGGCGGCAAACGUGCGAAGGGUUCCGGCUUCCAGACGGUGUCCGGCUUGUACAAGGAGCAGCUCAACAACCUGAUGACUACGCUCAGGAGCACAGCCCCACAUUUCAUCCGUUGUAUCAUCCCUAAUGAAGUGAAGGCUGCUGGUGUGAUCGACGCCGCCCUGGUGAUGCAUCAGCUGACCUGUAACGGCGUGCUUGAGGGCAUCCGUAUCUGUCGCAAGGGCUUCCCCAACAGGAUGGUCUAUCCUGACUUCAAGCAUCGCUACAAGAUCCUGGCUCCCAGAGCCAUGAAUGAAGCCGAAGAUGAGAAGAAGGCCGCCAAGGUGUGCCUGGACGCCAUCAAGAUGGAUGAGGAGAAGUACAGAAUGGGUCACACCAAGGUGUUCUUCCGUGCCGGUGUUCUGGGCGCUCUUGAGGAGAUCCGUGACGACCGUCUGGCCAAGAUCAUCUCGUGGCUGCAGUCCUGGAUCCGAGGCUACACCAGCCGCAAGGCGUACAAGAAACUGCAGGAACAGCGAGUCGCCCUCAUUGUCGUCCAGCGCAACCUGAGGAAGUUCAUGCUCCUCCGCAACUGGUCUUGGUACCGUCUCUGGCAGAAGGUCAAGCCCCUCCUCAAUGUCACCCGUAUCGAGGACGAGAUCCGCGCUCUCGAGGAGAAAGCUGCAAAGGCUGAGGCAAACUUCGAACGCGAGGCUAAGCUUCGUAAGGAACUCGAGGCCGCCAAUCUUGCUCUUCUCGAGGAGAAGAACAAUCUCAUGGUUGCUCUAGAGUCGACCAAGGGCAACGUAUCCGAAUAUCUAGACAAACAAGCCAAACUUCAGAGUCAGAAGGCAGACCUCGAGGCCCAGCUCAACGAAACCACGGAACGUCUGCAGCAGGAGGAGGAAGCCCGCAAUCAGCUUUUCCAGAGUAAGAAGAAGAUAGAACAAGAACUCAGUGGACUGAAGAAGGAUAUUGAGGACCUUGAACUCUCAGUUCAAAAGGCUGAGCAGGACAAGGCAACCAAGGAUCACCAGAUCCGCAACCUCAAUGAUGAAAUUGCCCACCAGGAUGAGCUCAUCAAUAAAAUUAAUAAGGAAAAGAAACACCUUCAAGAAUGCAACCAGAAAACCGCCGAAGACCUACAAGGUAUUGAAGACAAAUGCAACCACCUUAAUAAGGUUAAGGCAAAACUGGAGCAGACUCUUGAUGAGCUUGAAGACUCUCUUGAGCGAGAGAAGAAGCUGCGAGCUGAAGUUGACAAGGCCAAGAGGAAGGUCGAGGGUGACUUGAAACUAACACAAGAAGCUGUUGCAGACCUAGAGCGCAACAAGAAGGAGCUCGAACAAACCAUCCAGCGCAAGGACAAGGAAGUUUCUUCCCUUGCAUCUAAGCUUGAAGAUGAGCAGGGUCUUGUUUCCAAGCUUCAGAAGCAGAUCAAGGAACUCCAGGCGCGCAUUGAGGAGCUCGAGGAGGAGCUUGAGCAUGAACGCCAGGCUCGUGCCAAAGCUGAGAAAUCCAAGACUCACCUUGGUCGUGAGUUGGAAGAGCUGGGCGAGCGCCUGGAUGAGGCUGGUGGUGCCACAGCUGCCCAGAUCGAGCUGAACAAGAAGCGCGAAGCUGAGUUGGCCAAACUCCGUCGUGAUCUGGAGGAGUCCAACAUCCAGCAUGAGGGAGCUCUCGUUAACCUUCGCAAGAAGCACAAUGAUGCCGUCGCCGAAAUGUCUGAACAAAUCGACCAUCUCAACAAAAUGAAAGCCAGGGUUGAGAAGGAUAAGGACUCCUUGAAACGUGACGCUGAUGACGCUAAAGCUGCUAUGGAUGGGCUUGCUCGCGAUAAGGCUGCUGCUGAGAAGACUAACAAGCAACUCCAGCACCAGAUGAACGAAAUCCACUCCAAGCUUGAUGAAGCCAACCGCACCCUCAAUGACUUCGAUGCCACCAAGAAGAAGCUCGCUGCUGAGAACUCUGAUCUUCUGCGCCAAGUGGAGGAAGCUGAGAGCCAGAUUGGACAGCUUUCUAAGCUUAAGCUGUCACUUACCAACCAGCUUGAAGACCAGAGGAAACUCGCUGACGACGAAAGCAGAGAACGUGCUACUCUUCUUGGAAAGUUCCGCAACUUGGAACACGACAUUGAUGGCUUGCGGGAACAGCUUGAUGAGGAGGGCGAGGGGAAGGCUGACCUCCAGCGUCAACUCUCCAAGUCUAACGCCGAGGCCCAGAUGUGGCGCGCUAAGUACGAGUCUGAGGGUGUUGCCCGAGCGGAGGAGCUUGAGGCUGCCCGUCUGAAGCUUGCUGCCCGCUUGGAAGAAGCCGAACAACAAAUCGAACAGCUUAAUGUCAAGAACAUGAAUCUGGAGAAGACCAAACAGCGUGUCUGCACUGAGCUUGAGGAUAUGCAGAUUGAGGUUGAACGUGCCCAGACCCUAGCCAACGCCGCUGAAAAGAAGCAAAAGAACUUCGAUAAGAUCAUUUCGGAAUGGAAGAUGAAGGUUGAUGACCUUGCCGCCGAACUUGACGCUUCGCAGAAGGAAUGUCGCAAUUAUUCCACCGAGCUCUUCCGCGUGAAGGCCGCGUAUGAGGAAAAUCUUGAGCAGCUCGACUCGGUUCGUCGUGAAAAUAAGAAUCUUGCCGAUGAGAUCAAGGACCUUAUGGACCAGAUCGGCGAGGGUGGACGAUCCCUGCACGAGAUUGAAAAGAACCGCAAGCGCCUUGAAAUUGAGAAGGAAGAACUGCAGGCCGCUCUUGAGGAGGCCGAGGCUGCCCUGGAGCAGGAGGAAAACAAAGUGCUCCGAGCUCAGCUAGAGCUCAGCCAGGUUAGGCAGGAAAUCGACAGGCGAAUCCAAGAGAAGGAAGAAGAGUUCGACAACACCCGAAAGUGCCACCAGCGAGCCAUCGAUUCCAUGCAAGCAUCCCUUGAAGCUGAAGCAAAGGGCAAGGCCGAGGCUCUUCGCAUGAAGAAGAAAUUGGAGUCCGACAUCAACGAGCUCGAAAUCGCUCUUGACCACUCCAACAAGGCCAACGCAGACCUGCAGAAGCACAUCAAGAAGCUCCAGAGUGACAUGAAGGACCUUCAGACCCGCGUGGAGGAGGAGCAGCGGCUGGCCUCAGAGUACCGGGAACAGUACGGUAUCUCAGAGCGCCGUGCUAACGCUCUACACGGGGAGCUGGAGGAGUCCCGUACUCUUCUCGAACAGUCUGACCGCGGCCGUCGCCAGGCUGAAGCUGAACUUGCUGAAGCCACUGAAAGCAUUGCUGGGCUUGCUGCCCAGAACGGAUCACUGUCUGCUGCCAAGAGGAAGCUGGAAGGAGAGAUUCAGACUCUGCAUGCUGACCUGGAUGAGAUGUUGAACGAGGCCAAGAACUCCGAGGAAAAGGCUAAGAAGGCCAUGGUUGACGCUGCGCGCCUGGCUGACGAGCUCCGCGCAGAGCAGGAACACGCGCAGACUCAAGAGAAGAUGAGGAAGGCCUUGGAAGUCUCCGUCAAGGAGCUCCAAGUUCGCCUCGAGGAAGUCGAAACUAACGCAAUUAAGACUGGCAAGAAGGCCUUGGGUAAACUGGAAAGCCGCGUUCGCGAGCUGGAAAGCCAGCUGGAUGACGAAUCCCGCCGUCACGCCGAUGCCCAGAAGAACCUGAGGAAGUGUGAGAGGAGGAUCAAGGAGCUCACCUUCCAGUCCGAUGAGGACAAGAAGAACCACGAGAGGAUGCAAGACCUUGUCGACAAGCUCCAGCAGAAGAUCAAGACUUACAAGCGCCAGAUCGAAGAAGCUGAAGAGAUCGCUGCCCUUAACUUGGCCAAAUUCCGCAAGGCCCAGCAGGAGCUGGAGGAGGCAUUA